UCUCCGUGUCCCGCUCAGACUCUCUCCUCCCCGGAGCCUCAUGUCCCUCCGGAGUCAUGUCGGACCCGUCGGACCGGUACCACCGCGCGGCCCGGGACGGUUUCCUGGACGUGCUGCGGGAGGGCGGCCGCGCGCAGCUCAACGCGGCGGACGAGGACGGGAUGAGCCCCGCGCUGUGGGCCGCGUACCACGGAAACAUGGCGGCGCUCAAACUCAUCGUGGCCCGCGGUGGCGACCCGGACAAGUGCGACCUGUGGGGGAACUCUCCUCUGCACCUGGCGGCGGCUCACGGUCAUAAGCAGUGCCUGUCGUUCCUCGUGGCCUUCGGCGCCAACAUCUGGUGCCUGGACAACGACUACCACACGCCGCUGGACAUGGCCGCCGCCCACUCGCACAUGGACUGCGUGCGCUUCCUGGACGCGGUGGCGGCGAAGCAGAUCACGCUCAACCCCAAGCUGGUGUCGAAGCUGAAGGAGCGAGCGUUCAGAGCGGCCGAGAGGAGGAUCAAGGACUGCGCCAAGAUGCAGAGGAAGCACCGCGAGAGGAUGCAGAGGAAGUUCAUGAAGGAGGCGGCCGCGAUGGAGAACGUGGACGCCGUGAGUCUGAGCAGCUACGGGUCCGGCAGCUACGGAUCCGGCAGCACGAUCCGAGGAUACGGCGGGAACAACAACGUCACGUAUUCACAGGCCACGCUGCAGUCGACCAGAGGCAAAGCUCGUCUGCAGAGGAAGGUGGAGCGGAGGAGGCAGGACGGAGGAGGAGGGGGCGGGGCCUUCAAAGUGUCCGAGGACGGGAGGAAAAGUGUGCGCUCCCUGUCCGGCCUCACGCUGGGGAACGACGUCAUGCUGCUCAAACACGGAACGUACCGAGAACUCACCGACCCGGACCACAGGGACCGAGGGCGACCGCACGUCCGUCACAUGUUCCAUCCCCGCGGCGUCUCCGAGGGCGACGGCGAGGAGGACGCGGUGUCCGUGGCGACGAGCGACACGGGCGUCUCCAGGGCGAUGAGCGACCCGGGGCUGUACGAGGCGGCGGGGUCGGAGGUCAGCGCCGACUCGGGGAGGGACUCGCUGUUCAACCGGCCCGGGCUGGGGACCAUGGUCUUCAGGAGGAACUACAGACCCAGAGCCCAGGACCAGAGCAGCGUGGCGGGCAGCGAGCCGACGAGGAACGCCCCCAACGUCCAGCAGAGAGGGGGACGCCUCCACAACAAGGGUGGCGCUCCGCUGGUCCGGUCCCCCAGCCUGGAUCUGGACUCGGUGUCGGACUUCAGCUCGGUGUCUGUGGAGGGAAACUGGGAGCAGGACCAGGAGCAGUUCCUCACGUCUCCACUAGAGGUGUUCAUGGCCUCGCUGGGACUCGAGGAUCUCACCCAGGUCUUCAUCAGAGAGGACCUGGACCUGGAGGCGUUGGUCUUGUGCACAGAGGAGGACCUGAGCGAGGUCCAGAUUCCUCUGGGCCCCAGGAAGAAGCUCAUAGACGCCCUCAACAGGAGACUGGAGGUACUGCAGCUCACAGCCGGACCCAUGGAGGACACAGCACUCUGAGGACUACAGAUAAAAACUACAAACAUGGAGGACACAGCGCUCUGAGGACUACAGAUAAAAACUACAAACAUGGAGGACACAGCAGCUCUGAGGACUACAGAUAAAAAACUACAAACAUGGAGGA